AAUAUGUUGUUCAUUCACUCGCUCACUUAUACACAAACACACUCCAUCCACACAUGCUUGACAGACAGACGCAGUGUGUAGUCACUAUCUUUUAUUAAUUCACUUUCUCUUUCUAACACACACACACACAUACACGUGCAGUUUAUUUUGCAGCCUUUUCUUCGCACACUUUCUCUGAAUCUGAACAAAACUAUGCUGCCUCAACUUUGAAACUGCUGUUAUAGAGGAAGACACAGGAGAGAGAUAGUGACAAUAUUAAACACAAAGGGUUGCAGAGGUGCUGAAGGAAUCACCCAAAACUGGAUCAAUGAAAUUCACCCAAAACAUCACGAGGAAGCGCUCAGACGCACUGCGAGACUGAACCUAAGCUCAGAAAUCAACUGCACUGAGCUGUAAAGCAGCAGAAAUCAACAGCUGCUGUGCGCGUGAUCUCCAGCUGUGUGUUUGUUUUUGUGCAUCCGUGUGCUGCCCUUGAACUGACUGGACUGACGCCAUGUUGUGGACACUCAUCCUGGCUUUGAUCCUCUUGCUGUUGCUCCAAGCACAGCUACUUGUUUGUCUACACGAACUUCGUGCCUCUCUAACCUCUAUCACUUCAGCGACCACUUCUGGAACCUCUAGCGCCACUGCCCUGCAACGCCUGCCGGGAGCCAUCAUCAUCGGGGUCCGCAAGGGAGGCACCAGGGCCCUUCUGGAAAUGCUUAACCUCCACCCAGAUGUUGAGGUGGCCAAAAACGAGGUCCAUUACUUUAACGUGGACGAAAACUUUAGUAAAGGUUUAGAUUGGUACCGUGCCCAGAUGCCUCUCACCCUCCCCGGGCAGCUGACGGUGGAAAAGACCCCUGGCUACUUUACAGCACCACCUGCCCCAAGAAGGAUAUGGGCCAUGAAUCCAGCUAUGAAACUGCUGCUGAUUGUUCGUGACCCGGCUGAGAGACUCGUGUCAGACUAUACACAGGUUCUGCACAACCGACUUCAGCAGAAUAAGCCAUACCAACCACUGGAAGAUCUGUUACUAUCACAAGAACACAUCAACCCUAACUAUAAAGCCCUUAAACGGAGCUUCUACUACCAGCACCUGGCCAGAUGGUUGGAGCUUUUUCCCAGGGAGCAAAUCCACAUAGUGGAUGGAGAGGCUCUCAUCCGGAAUCCUUUUCCUGAGCUGCAGAAGGCUGAGAGAUUUUUGGACCUUCCACCUCAGAUAAAGCCAAAUAAUUUCUAUUUCAAUGCCACAAAGGGCUUUUAUUGUAUGCUGUCGGCCGGACAUGACAAGUGCCUGGAUGAGUCGAAGGGAAGGCCACACGCUCCGCUCAGUAACGAUGCAUUUCAGAAGCUCUGCCGCUAUCUGAGAGUUCCCAACCAAAUAUUUUUCAGAAUGGUGGGGCAGAAGUUUAACUGGUGCUAAACAUCAUUGACGGCUCUCAAAUAGACUGAGAAUGGGAUUCAAACUAUUAUUGGCAACCCAGUUUUGUUAAUAUAUCAUGUUGCCAUAGAGAAAUCUGGUUCAAGACUGAAUAACCAGAUCGCUUGAAGGCUAAACUUACUGUAGGCUAUAACAAAUAUCGCUACAGGAAAACUGAAUAGAUCUACAUGACUUCAAGUGCUUUCAACAUGCACGUCAUUUUAAAAAGUCUGACCCAUCGGUCUACUAUCACUUACUGUAAUACUGAGGUUGAAAACAAUGGCAACUUUUUCAUUCAGUUAAAAAGACUUGAAAAUAGUGGACAGAAUGUGGAUAGACUUAAAGUUUUGCAUAAUACAAGGAAAAAUGAAAAAAGUGGUACUUGGAAGCUUUUAACAAAAAUACUGCUUUGUCAGCUGUAAUUACUGUAGGCUAGUUUAAGCAUUUAAAUCUCAUGUUUAAUAUACUAAUUUGUACUCGAAUGUUUAUUUUCAUUUUUGAAUAGAAAUGUCUAUUUUUUAAAUUAAAUGUUUCUUUAAUUGAAUGAGAUAUUUCAUAUUGUCAUGUUAAUGCACUACAAAAUUCUGUUUUUCUAUUCAAUAAAUAUAUGUACAUAAA